CACAGCGUCCAUCUGAGACUCGGGUCCGACUCUGUGGAAACUGUCGUGUGGCGCACUUGUCCAACUUCAUCCGGUGUCUAAAAGCGGACUUACCGGAGGGGGGUUACCGGCGCGGUCUCACAGAUCAUCCCCGGUGGAAGUUUCUUUACGCGAGGUACCUGAGCCGAGUAAGUACCGGACCUGAAACUUUUUCCACCCACUGAAGAGAGUUCGGGGAAAAAAGAAAAAUGGCAGACAGCGAGGAGCAGCAAGUCUCUUCCACCACUCCUUUGUUCAGUGACGGGGUGCACCACUACCAGGCCGGACCGGACCCCGAGCCGGACCGCUUCAACCUGGAUGAUAUUGUGGACUUGGUCGGCGGGGCUAAGGACGCCUUGGAGCGGCACUUCGCAGAAGACGGUGCGCCACAUGAGUUCACAGACACGUCCUUCGAUCCUCCAGAGAAGCUCGUAACGUUACCGGAGCCGGUCCACGUAACGCAACCGGUGCCCGUGCCAGAGGUGAAGCACCCUGAACCGGAGCCGGAGGUCGAGACGGCGACCCCAGACUCCACCAGCUUUUCUUUAAUUACCCCGCAGCCUGAAUUUGUCGCCCCUAAAGUCGAACCGGAGAGCACAAAGAUCGAACGGGCUGCCCCCGAACCAGAACCUGCCCCGAAGAGCGACGCCCUCCCAGCGGCUGAACCCCGGAAAGCAUCCCCAGCCCCCGCAGAGGCAGCAGAGCGUCCUGCGGUGACAGAGGAACCACCGGCUCCAGCAUCUUGUGUUCUUCUCCGUGGCUGGAACAUAAACCUCGACAGCAGAGAUGUACCUUCUCCUUCUAAAGCUCAGCCUCAUCCUCUGAUGCAAUUCCCUACAGCACUUGGGCAGAAGGGUGAUUCCCCUGCUCCCAUCUCUCCUCUCUCCCCUCUUCACUCCCCCGACUCUCUGGAGGAGCUCUCUCUGACCGAGAGUCCCAACCAGCCCCCUACGUUGGGAUCUGCUGCGCCCUUUGGCUCCUUCUCCACUGAACCCCCCACUACUCAUUCCAAGGACAUGCCUUGGGUGGGUGAAGAGGGUGACUCUGGACCGGGCCGUAGUAAGAAUAAGGAAGACCUUCUAGAUCCGUUAGCAGGUCCUUACCUGAGUUUAGGGAAAGACCCAGGGCCUCAUAAUCCAUGUGAAGACAGCGGAGUUUCCUUUUCACCCGAGGAGAAGCCGGUUAGCUCAGACAGGUCCUCCACUGGCCCUUCCCCAGUGAACCCCCAGAUGAUGGUCCCUGAGUCUCACCUUGCCUCCUCUAACCCAACAGAGCACUGGGAUUCACCAUUACUAGCAUCUCAAGACAACUCCAAGCUCUCCAUGGAUACCUUCUCCAAGGACACAGCUCCCAUUAGCUCUUCCAGGUAUGAGCAAGACCUGCACGACAACCAGUCCGAUGAAGAUGAUGAUCUGAUGUAUGAAGUGAAGAAGAAUAACCCAUUUGAAGGUUAUUCCCCACUGGCAGACAGUGGCUACUCCCAUUUUGGAGAGUCCGACAGCAAGGCCUCAAAAAUGUCCGAGAGUCCUACUCCAGAUCUGGUCCAGUAUGGCCAGACUGGAGAAUCCCAGGAUACCGCCCCAUCUUUCUUAGAUGAGGGGAAAACAUUUGAUACUAGCAAGAUGGCCGCUGACUCGCUCAUGCAAUCAGUGAAUCAGUUCUCAUCUGGUCUGAAAGAUGACGACGAAGAAGAAGAGGAGGAUGAGGAGGAGGAUUCUCCUUUGCCGCCGUCGCUUCCCGACAUCCUGAAGUCUUCUCCGCUGAACCCUGACAAAAUCGACUCUGGGUCCUCAGAGGGAACCCCGGAGGAGCAGAGUCCGAUCCUCGAACGGAGGAUGAUGGAGUCGCCCAACCCUCCGAUAAAUCUGUCGGCUAACAACCCGUUUGCCUUUGAUGCUAAAGUGUCCCUGCUGAAGGAGAUGACUGAGGCGAUGGAAGUGAAAACGACCGACAUAACACAUGUCGAAGACUGCAAAAGCUUUGGCGCAUUCGAUCUGGUCAAAGAGGCUGAGGAAACCACUCCCGCUAAGGUCAAAGAAGAACCUGUCAAGUCUGAGCAGAAAGAUUGGUUUUCAAUUCACGAUUCAUCCAAAAUGAGCGAAAAGUUUGAGCCGCUGGACUUCCAGAGCAAAAAGACCCCCGCUGAGGAUUCAGAUUCGGAGUCGCCAACAGCAGACUCCCUGUCUCCAGUCCUGGAGGCCAUGGCCAAGAACCCCGCCAGCUUCCAGGUGGAAACGGAGAAGAAGGACCUGGCGAUGGAGGUGGACGAGCCAGAGGUGGCUGAGGAGGUCUCUGAGCACGAAGUCUCCUCUGAGGAGUUUGAGUUCAUUGAGCGACCACCCAGAGGCGUUAUCGACGAGUUUCUUGAGGCUCUGGAUACAUCCAAGUUUGCCGCCUCCAAACCUCCAGAGAUCCCCAUGGAUGAUGACGAUCUGAGCUUCGGGCAGAAAGACGCGUCUCCGGUUUCUGCUCAGCCUAUGACAAAGGUAGCCCCGCCCCCCGAGGUCGAAGAAGAGGCUCCAAGUCAGAGCUCCUACCUCCUCCUCACCCAGGCCUCCCCCCAGAAGAGCAAGGCCGAGCUGGAGAAGCUCGACAUUCAGCAGCCCCCACCCCAAGCUCCUCUCAUCCAUUCCCCUGUCCGCAAACCAGAGGAGGCGGUCACUAAGAAGAGCGCGGAGGGCGGGAAACUGUUAAAGAUGCCAAACGUGAACAUAAGAGCAGUGGUGGAUCUCCUCUACUGGCGUGAUGUGAAGACCACGGGCGUGGUGUUCGGCGCCGCCCUGCUGCUGCUGCUCUCCCUGAUGGCGUGCAGCAUCGUGAGCGUGUGCUCCUACAUCGGCCUGGCUCUGCUCUCAGUCACCAUCUGCUUCAGGAUAUACAAAGGCAUCCUGCAGGCCAUCCAGAAGUCAGAUGAGGGACACCCGUUCAAGCAGUACCUGGACCAGGAGGUGGCGCUGUCUGAGGAACUGGUCCACAAGUACAGCGACAUGUUUCUGGCCAGACUCAACAAGACCAUCUGUGAAUUACGGCGCCUGUUCCUGGUCGAGGACCUGGUCGACUCCAUCAAGUUCGCGGUGCUGAUGUGGAUCCUAACCUACGUCGGCGCCUUGUUCAACGGGCUCACGCUGCUUAUUCUGGGUCUGGUUGGAGUGUUCAGCUGCCCGAUCAUCUACGAGAAACACCAGGCUCAGAUCGACCACUACCUGGCGCUGGUCAACAACCAGGUCAAAGACGUCGUUGGAAAGAUCCAGGCGAAGGUGCCCGGGAUGAAACGCAAGACGGAGUAAAGUCACGUGAAGUCUGGAUUCAGGGAGUCCUGAGAGGAAGGAGGGUUGGAGGGUUUGAGUGAGGGCGUAUGAAGGAAGGCUGGAGGAGGGGAGGAGGGGUCUGGCGUGGACGCAGCCCUUCUAACUUUAUUUGUCAAAAUAAUAAAACACUUUUUUUUUUCCAGUUCAGAAUCUUUUUUGUUGUUGUUGUUGGUUUUUUGAAGCCGGUCGGCGUUGAGCGUAGGUUCACGACACCGAGGUCGGCUUCACGACUCUUUACGUUUAAUCAAGCCUUGAAAUGUUUGUUUCUGAGAGACGCUGAAACUCACAGAAACACAUUUUAACCUUGGAUUAACCCUCCCUCUCCCCCACCCAGUGCAUUGUGGGAGGGCCGAUGCUCCCUCAGUCUGGCGCCGGGUGGUUUUUUUUAGUUAUUGAGUUUUUCCUUUCGCCGCCGAGCCGAGAGAUUCUCUUCCUUCGUCUGCUGUUUUUAGAGAAAAAGACGAGCGAGCGGCGAUCCUCAUUUGUAUUUUUUCUUAUUUUGGUAUGAGUUAGAAGUAUUUUGUGAUUUCACUGUUUAACUGUCCCUCAAGCUUCGAGCUCGUUUCCUCGGUAACGUGCGGUGUGGUUUCGCCUCGAUGUGACGAACGACGAUUUUGCGAAUGACGUCUUUGACUCCUGACGAGGCAGCGAGGGGGAAGGGAGGGGGGAGGGGGCUUGUACUACCAUUUAAAAAUACUUCAUCGCUUCUGAGUAACUAGCUAGAAACAUCUAGAAAAACCUUUGCCAGACGAAUAAAACACAUUAAUUACAUGAAAGUCGUUAUGUCCGUGUCAUUGCAGCUGUCUAGUAACGAACAUCUCCGGAAGAAAACACGUUUACAUUCAUCCACAUCGGAUAAAAAUAAAAAGGAACAAAAAAAAAUGAAAUGGGAUUUAAAGAAAAAAAUAAAUAACCAUACUGUCUGUGGAGCCGAUAUCUUAAUGAAGUUGCAACUUGAUGUGACUUUGGGAAACUUUAGAGCAUUUGUUUGUUUAUGCAAGUAUAAUUGUGAAUGAUAAAACUUCAUACUUCAAUUGUGACGAUUAAAAAGCUUCCAGCUGGGAGCCGUGUUUGUGGAAUGCAUUGUGAGAUGUAAACAAUUAUCAAUAAAGCUUCUAGACGAAGAAA